AUGCCCACAUACAAUAUCGUCGUCUUUGCUGGCGACUAUGCAGGUCCUGAGGUUACCAAGGAGGCUGUAAAGGCCCUCAAGGUGGUCGAGAAGUGCUCAAAGGAUGUCAAAUUCAACUUCCAAGACCACCUGCUGGGAGGAUGCUCGAUUGACGCCCACGGCAUCCCGUUGACGGACGACGCCCUUAAAGCCGCCAAAUCCGCCCACGCCGUGCUCCUCGGCGCCAUCGGUGGUCCCAAAUAUGGCGUGGGCAAGGUCCGGCCGGAGCAAGGCCUCCUCAAACUGCGCAAGGAGAUGGGCACCUUUGGCAACCUACGGCCCUGUUUCUUCGCUUCUCCCAGCCUUGCCUCGCGUUCCCCGCUCAAAGAAGAGGUCUGCCAGGGAACCGACUUCAUGAUCGUCCGCGAGUUGACCGGUGGCAUCUACUUUGGUGACCGCGUCGAGGGCAACCCGGAAGACGGCGAGAACGAAUUUGCCGAGGACCGCGAACCGUACUCGAGAAAGGAGAUCGAGCGCAUCACCCGACUGGCCGCCUACCUCGCCCUCGCAAAGAACCCACCCUCCAAAGUAUGGAGUCUCGACAAGGCCAACGUGCUCGCGACAUCCCGUCUGUGGCGCCGCGUCGUCACGGAGACCAUGCAGAAGGAAUUCCCCCAGCUCCAAUUCGAACACCACCUGAUCGACUCGGCCGCCAUGAUCAUGGUCAAGAACCCGCGCGCCUUGAACGGCGUCAUCGUCACGUCAAACCUGUUCGGCGACAUCAUCUCCGACGAGGCCUCGGUCAUCCCGGGAAGUCUAGGCUUACUCCCCAGCGCCAGUCUCAGCGGCGUCCCCGACGGCAAAGGCCUGUGCAACGGCAUCUACGAACCGAUCCACGGCUCCGCCCCAGACAUUGCAGGAAAAGGCAUCAUUAAUCCCGUCGCCGCCAUCUUGAGCGUAGCUAUGAUGUUGUUAUAUAGUCUGAACAUGCCCAGGCAGAGUCUACUUGUCGAGCAGGCCGUCAAGAUCGUCAUCGAGAAGGGCAUCGUCACCAAGGAUAUCGGUGGAGAAAGCUCAACCGUCGAGGUUGGCGAUGCGGUGGCGAGGGAGUUGGAGAGUCUGUUCAAUGACCUGAAAUAA